AUGGAUUUUGAAGGGGAAAGAAAUGCUGAAGAAGAAAGAAAUAAUGAGGAAGAGGAAGGAGAGUUGUCAAAAAUUUUUACAGUGAAAAGAUUAGCUGAAGCUUUUUCUAAACUAAAUCAGGGACUUCAUUUGCUUGAAAACAUGGACCCAAACACUGAUCGCUUUGCUGAAAUCAAUAGGCCGAUUUGGGAAGCAUUCACAGUUGGGAGUCCUAGUAAAAGGGAACUGGUUACUCUUGGCUGUCAUCUUUUCCGUGGUUAUCUACGGGAGACAGGAGGUUCUGCAGGACUCAGCGACAGGAAGAUGAAGGGGGUACUGGUUCUCCUGCUUACUGUAGCAUUUGUCCAUGCCCUAGAGAGAGGCCGUGAUUAUGAAAAGGAUAAAGUCUGCAAGGAACUCAGCAAUCUGGGAAAAGAUGACUUCAGAUCUUUAUCAAUGGUACUAUACAGCAGGAAAUUCCCCAGUGGCACAUUUGAACAGGUCAGUCAGCUUGUGAACGAAGUGGUCUCCUUGACUGAAGACUGCUGUGCCGAAGGGGCCGAUCCUAACUGCUAUGACACCAGGACCUCGGCAUUGUCUAUCAAGUCCUGUGAAAGUGACUCUCCAUUCCCGGUGCACCCAGGAACUGCUGAGUGCUGUACCGAAGAGGGCCUGGAACGAAAGCUCUGUAUGGCUGUCCUGAAACACCAGCCACAAGAAUUUCCUACCUAUGUAGAGCCAACGAAUGAUGAAAUAUGUGAAGCAUUCAGGAAAGAUCCCAAGCAAUUUGCCGAUCAAUUUAUAUACGAAUAUUCCAUUAAUUAUGGACAAGCUCCUCUACCACUUUUAGUCAGUUAUGUCAAGAGUUAUCUGUCUAUGGUAGGGUCCUGCUGUACUUCCUCGAGCCCAACUGUAUGCUUUUUGAAAGAGAGACUACAGAUUAAGCAUUUAUCACUUCUAACCGUUAUGUCAAAUAGAAUCUGUUCACAAUAUGUUGCUUAUGGAAAGGAGAAAUCAAGACUCAGCCAUCUCAUAAAAUUAGCCCAAAAAGCGCCCACUGCUGAUAUGGGAGAUGUUUUGCCACUAGCUGAAGAUGUUACUAACAUCCUCUCCAAGUGCUGUGAGUCUACUUCUGAGGACUGCAUGGCCAAGGAGCUGCCUGAACACACAGUAAAAAUCUGUGACAACUUAUCCACAAAGAAUUCUAAAUUUGAGGACUGUUGUCAAGAAAAAACACCCAUGGACAUUUUUGUAUGCACUUACUUCAUGCCAGCGGCCCAACCACCUGAGCUGCCAGCUGUUGAGUUGCCCACAAAUAAAGAAGUAUGUGAUAAAGAAAGCACCAAAGCCACAGAUCAAUAUAUAUUUGAGCUAAGCAGGAGGACUCAUAUUCCAGAGGUAUUCCUCACUACAGUACUUGAACCAACCCUAAUAAGCCUUGGUGAAUGUUGUGACUCUGAAGACUCUACUACCUGUUUUAACACUAAGGGACCUCUACUGAAGAAAGAACUAUCUUCUUUCAUUGAAAAGGGACAAGACAUGUGUGCUGAUUAUUCAGAAAACACAUUUACUGAAUACAAGAAAAAACUUGCAGAGAGAUUAAGAGCAAAAUUGCCUGAUGCCACCCCUACUGACCUCGCAGAUCUGGUUGACAAGCGCUCAGACUUCGCCUCCAAGUGCUGUUCCAUAAACUCACCUCCUCUCUACUGUAAUUCCCAGAUUGAUGCUCAAAUGAAAAAUUCUCUGUAG